GGGCGCUUAGUUACAAGAUGGCAACUUACUGUUGUUCGGUUGUGGUUUCCACGUGUUUUUGUUGAACGUGUUGACAUUUCGUAUAUCAUUGAGAAAUAAACUUUUCAAAAUAUUCAUUAAAAUUCCGUCUUGAAAAUGGAGGUAACAGAAGAACAAGAUUGUAGUAGAAUAUUUGCUCAAUUUAAAAAUGAAUCUGGAGAAACACUUGGAGUUCCUAUGGAACUGCCAUUAAAUAUAACAGUUGAAAAAUUGCAAUUAAUAUGUAACGCUUUGCAUCAGACGGAAGAGAAAGUACCAUAUAUAUUUUUUGUUGAUGAUGUAGAAGUUACAGGUACUUUAAAUAAUACCAUAAAAGAGAAAAUUAUUGAAACAGAGAAGCUGUUAGAAAUUGUAUACGUCCCGCAAGCCAUUUUUAAAGUGAGACCAGUCACAAGAUGUACAAGUUCCAUUCCCGGUCAUGCCGAAGCAGUCAUUUCAGCCGCCUUUAGCCCCGAUGGAAGAUAUGUCGCUAGUGGAUCUGGUGAUACAACUGUUAGGUUUUGGGAUUUAAAUACAGAAACUCCACAAUUUACUUGCAAUGGACACAAAAAUUGGGUUUUGUGUAUUUCCUGGUCUCCGGAUGGUUGUAAACUUGCAUCUGGAUGUAAAAGUGGUCAAAUAUUCAUUUGGAAUCCAGAAACUGGCAAACAGAUGGGAAGAACAUUAAUUGGCCAUACUCAAUGGGUAACAUGGAUUACCUGGGAACCAUUGCAUAGAAAUCCAGAAUGUAGGAAAUUGGCAAGCUCUUCCAAAGAUGGUACCAUAAGAAUAUGGGACAUCUUAUAUUGUCACACACUACUCACUCUUUCGGGUCACACUAAAUGUGUAACUUGUGUUAAAUGGGGAGGAACAGGUUUAAUUUAUACUUCGUCUCAAGAUACGACUAUUAAAGUCUGGAGAGAUAAUGACGGAGUUUUGUGUAGAACAUUACAAGGUCAUGGGCAUUGGGUGAACGUUUUGGCAUUAAACACUGAUUAUGUGUUGAGAACUGGUGCUUUCGAUCCAAGUGAAAUAAGUGCUGUAUAUAAAGACCUCAAUUUAUCAAGUGAAGAACUUUCCAGGAGGGCAUUAGUAAGAUAUAAUGCAGCUAAAGGAAACGAGCCCGAGAGACUGAUUUCUGGUUCUGACGAUUUUACGUUAUAUCUAUGGAAACCCGAAGUCGAUAAGAAACCAGUCUGCAGAAUGACUGGUCAUCAACAGUUGGUGAAUGAUGUCAAAUUUUCUCCAGAUAUGAGAAUGGUAGCCAGUGCCUCAUUUGAUAAAUCCAUCAAAUUAUGGGAUGGAAAAACUGGAAAAUAUUUAGCAGCUUUUAGAGGACAUGUACAAGCUGUCUACCAGAUUUCCUGGUCUUCAGACAGCAGACUUCUGGUCAGUGGAAGUGCAGAUUCAACUUUAAAGGUGUGGGACAUAAAGACAAAGAAAUUAUUGAUGGAUUUACCAGGCCAUGCUGAUGAAGUCUAUGCAGUGGAUUGGAGUCCUAAUGGUAGACAAGUAAUUAGUGGUGGAAAAGAUAAAGUUAUUAAAAUUUGGAGAAGGUAAAAGUCAAGAUACUAAAUGAUGUAAAUUGUUUUGGUGUACAAAGAAACUAUCUGCAUGAAGUUCAGGAGGAGGAAUAUUUUAUUUUCCGGAUUCAAGUGCUUCCUGAAAAUAAUUCACUUUUGUCAUUGUAAAUGAUUUUUUUAUUAUUAAUAAACUCGAUAUUUUGAAAUUUGCUUUAAAUAUUUUUUUUCUUUCUUAAACAAAGAAUAUUGCUGAUACUUGUUAAGACAUAUUUGAAUAGCACAGAAUUCUGAGACUACCAUUUUAUUCCUAUGUUCAGGAAGAUUAAAAUUUUGUAUGCAACACACAGCAUGUAAUAACUGUUUUGUUAAUUGAUUUUUUCAUAAAAAAAAUA